GAGAGGGAGGUUGACAUGGGCUCCAGCCCCUCCUCCUAUUCCCCCAAAACCAUUUACCUGGAUGUGGAUGGCAAGGUGCAAAAGGUGGUGUUCAGUCGGCACUGCAGUCCGUGUGACAUCAAGGAGCUUCUGUGUUCCUCGUCCAACAUUCCCAGGAACACUGCCAUCAUGAUGGUGGAUCCAGGAGGUGCCAUGGUCUCCAUGGACCCCACCAUGCCCACCAACACUCCAAGCUCCUUGUACAAAGUUGUCCCGCUGUCUACUGGUCAACUCGGAGACAAGGAGGACAUGUUUCAGAACGUCUUGUCCCAGGUGGCCGAGCAGUUCAGCAGAGCCUUUCGCAUCAACGAGUUGAAGACUGAGGUCACCAACAGGCUCGCCAUGCUGGAGAAGAGAGUGGAACUGGAAGGCUUGAAAGUGGUGGAGAUUGAGAAGUGUAAAAACGACCUGAGGAGGCUACGCGAUGAGAUGACCUCGAGAGGUGCCGGCAGAGUGAGCUGUCAGUGCAAAUACAACUUCUCAGAUGACGGGAAGAAGGUCACUCCUCGACGAGAUGUCCCCAAUUACCCAAAGUACACACUGUCUCAGGAGACCAUAGAAGCCCUGAAGAAGCCAACUUUCGACGUGUGGCACUGGGAACACAACGAGAUGCUGAGCUGUCUGGAGUACAUGUACCAUGACUUGGGGCUGGUGAAGGAAUUCAACAUGAACCCUAUCACACUCAAACGCUGGCUGCUGGGGAUUCAGGAGAACUACCGUAACAACCCCUUCCACAACUUCCGUCAUUGCUUCUGCGUGAGCCAGAUGAUGUACGGCAUGAUUCACCUCUGCAACCUGCAGGAGAAGCUGACUCUCACAGAUAUGGGCAUUUUAAUGACAGCUGCAGUGUGCCAUGACCUGGACCACCCCGGCUACAACAACACGUAUCAGAUCAAUGCCCGCACAGAGCUGGCAGUACGCUACAAUGACAUAUCUCCGCUGGAGAACCACCACUGUGCUGUGGCCUUCCAGAUCAUUUCCCUUCCUGAGUGCAACAUCUUUGCGAAUGUGGAUCCUGAGGCUUACAAACAGAUCCGACAGGCGAUUAUCACCCUCAUCCUGGCCACUGACAUGGCCAGACAUGGAGAGAUACUAGACUCCUUUAAGCAAAAAGUGGACAACUUUGAUUUCACCAAUGAAGAGCAUGUGACAUGUCUGAAGAUGGUUUUGAUCAAGUGCUGUGAUAUUUCCAACGAAGUGAGGCCGACUGAGGUGGCUGAGCCAUGGGUGGACUGUCUACUGCAGGAGUACUUCAUGCAGAGUGACAGGGAGAAGUCUGAAGGUCUCCCCGUGGCCCCCUUCAUGGACAGAGACAAAGUCACCAAGCCCACUGCUCAAAUCGGAUUCAUCAAGUUUGUCCUCAUUCCGAUGUUCGAGACGGUCAUGAAGCUGUUCCCUCAGAUCGAGGAGAUCAUGGUUCAGCCUCUGAGAGACUCUCGAGAUCACUACGAGGAGCUGAAACAGAUCGAUGACGCCAUGACAGAGGCUCAGAAGAAAAAAACUGAAAAUAUGUCAUUAGGCGGGAAGAAGAAGUAAGCUCUGCAGUGAGUGAGUGCAGUGGUAUCUGUGGCUCCACUUUUGUGUUCCCGUUCAGGAAAGACUUUAACAAAACAUGAGCGAGGCCUUGAUGAAGACAUUCUGGGCUCAAGCUGAAGAUGACACACUGAGCAGGAGGAAGAGAAAGACUGCUCGGCCACACACUGAACUAUACUUAGGCAUCAAGGUGGCACAUCUUGAACUUUGACUUAGACUUUUUUUCACUGGAUGUAAAAGAGAGGGACCUGCUGACCUCUCGGCAUAUUUAUGGUGUUUAUGUUGUGCUCUCUUCCUAUAGCGCCUCAAGAGUUUGAAGGAUCAGUUUCUCUAAAUACAAAUCCUAAUUCCAGAUUGAUAUAUUGUGCAUUUGUGCAAAACAAAUAUAUCCACAAAAGCUGCAGAAUUGGCCUCAUGGACCAAAGUUUCAGGAUAAUUCUACCAGCAAUAACGACAUUUUGAUCUCUGUGAUCCUUUUUAAUUUCCUUCAGUUUCUGUCCAGUAGAAAAAUAAAAAUGCGCCAAAGUGGGAUGUCUUCACCUCACUGUAGCAAUAUAUUUUCUCACUGACAUGGUGCAUUGAGUGUUUUUCCAAGAAAAAUGCAGCUUUUCCUUUUUUUGUUCACACGCAGCGGGUUAAACAUCACAAUACUAGCACUAUUCUCUUUCUUUCAACAGUUUUUAAUGAAAUAAAGCUACGUAGGGAUGUAUAUCGUUCAAGAUGUUACACAAUGUAUCCAAUAAAACGUUUUGAU